AUGAAUAAUGAAGAAGUUAACGAAGAGUAUCUGAAGUCGCUUUUCAAGGAUGUUCGUUCGCAUUUAGAUGAACAUCUAAAAUCACGCCAGAUAUACGAUGAAGACGCAUAUAUCACGUUCAGAUGUUUCUUAGACGGCAUACAUCACAAGUUUACCAGGUUGCUCGAGGAGCUGCUUCUGAAGCAGGAGAAUGUGUACCGUAAGAAUACUAGUAAUAAUGAACGCAGCGAUGACGCGGUAAUACCACUGCUGCUGAAACUUUUGUGGUUUCAAAUCCACGAACCUACAUUUCAAUGGUUCGAGUGCUGGUUCCACGAUAUCAUCCAACUAGAUAGCCGGAGAAUGUUCAGGUCGUUCAGAAACUUUUUCAAAAAAAUGGUCCGUUUCUUCAAAACUACACAUAAGUAUUACUAUAGCAUCAUCGAAUGCUUAUGCGCGAAAUUUGAUAUGAAUACGGUUGUUCCGCAUGAUAUUUUCGCUAAAUUAAACCUAGUUCAACCGAUGGAAACACCUUCAACUAGCGAAAAAAUAGUAUUGGAUGCCACUAACCCGUUGACUUUUUCCAUUGUGAUUUCGCUUCAGAGAUGUUUAAUUAACCUAGGUUCCGCACAUUUCUACAAAACGCUACUAGACAAACCGUCCAGCAAACUCAAGAGCGUCGAAGAUUUUGAAAAGUCUAUUAGGUACCUGAACAUUGCCUCACUUUGUCUGCCAUCUGUCGGGGAUACUUAUUUGCAAUUAGCCAAGAUUUACUUGACUACCGAAAAAUAUUCACUAUACUUUUUCGAAUUAGCAAGAGGCUCACUAGUAAGAAUUCCGUCCAAGCAUGCGUUGAAUACUUUGAGAAACCUCAUUUUGACGCCCAAUUUCUUGGAAAGAAAGCUAUUGAUGAAGAAAUUAAAGAUGUAUACUCGAAAAAACCGUAAAAGUAAACGGCUAUUGUUCGAAAAUAGUGUUGUUUUACAGUUUCUAGCUAUAUUGGAGCAUACCAUGAACCCAUAUUUAUCGAAUCCGUCAAAUGCCCCUAACUAUUGCCUGAAAAGAGAAUAUCUACAAGCUGCUGCAUUGGAAUAUCAUGCAGAACACGUUAGUGUGAUACUCAAGAGUUUGGCCGCAAUGAUGGGAAGUUUUGAUCUUAUGUUUACAGGUGAAAAAGGCAAGGGACAAAGGAGUAAGUUAAAGUACGUAGAUUUGAAUAAGCGUCAAGUCUCGUUCUUGAAUUUGAGCUUCGAUUUUAUCGCCAAUGUAAUUGACGUAGUGAUUAAACCCUCGUGGCAAAAAAAUACGGAAGACUUCCGAUAUCUAGCGAUCAUACGUUUGCUUGUAUGUUGGAUUAAGUCAUAUAGAUCCAUUCUGCAAUAUGCCCAUCGACAUAAAGAGUUCUGUUCUUCAAUGGCUUUAUUGCUAAACGAUUUGAUAAAUAAUCCAUCGAAUUGUCCAAGGCAUUUGUCUAAUCACAGACCGCAAAGAAGUUACUAUUUUGAAGAGGACAUUAUGUUUAGAGAAUUUUCUUGCAUUAAUUUUGCAUUGACAGAUUUUAAUGAUGGUCUCGUGUAUAAUUCUCCAAACAUGAUAAAUAACAUAAUUGGGUGCCCCUCAGCGAAUGAGAGACUUUCUUCCAGAGAAGAAUGUAUUCUGCGGAUUAAAUCGAUCAUAUUUUCUGGUGUAAAAUUCUUGGAAAAAAAUGAUGCCGGUAUUACAUGGAAUGCCAGUACAUUCAAAUUCGAGUUAGCAGGCUCAGGAACCAAGGAUAGACACCAGAUGACAUUAUCCGAAAUUUCACUCAAAAUAAACAUAAAACCGCAGCAAGUGCGAGCGGUUUCGCCAAAAAAGGUGGAGCGUAAGACGGAUAAAUCGUUGCACAAGAGGGCUAAGAUAAUAUCUGUGACACAAUUAGAAGCACAGUUUGCAAAUGUUCGUAGAGAAAGGAAAUCAUCACCCGAAAAAAAAAAAAAGAAUGCUUUCCUAUAG